AUGAUUCAUAGGAUCGAACAACAUAUCAUAUCGGAUUUAAAUUUUAAUAGUUCAUAUAUUUUACAUCGUGAACAUUCAGAAAAUCAAUUGACUGCAAUGAUGAAACAUAUUGAAAGUAAUUUACCAUUACCAGUAACAAAUGAUUCAUUAAGAAAUUUUGCUCAAUUAAUUUAUUUAAGUCAAAUAAAUCAAGCUAUGACAUUAAAAAGUAUAAGUGAUCUUUGUCGACUUCAUUCAUCAACAGAUAUGAUUUAUCCAAAAACAAGUCAAAGUCAUACCAUGGGCUUAAUGUAUUGGCAAAUAAAUAAUAUUUGGCAAGCACCAACAUGGGCAACAAUUGAGUAUGGAUUAAAAUGGAAAAUGAGUCAUUAUUAUGUUGGUCAUAUGUAUGUACCUGUUUAUCCUAUUGCUAUGCUUACACCUUAUUUAGCUAAUGUUACAGAUGAAAAUGCUCAAGUUUCAUUUUAUGUUAUUAAUGAAUUACUUAAUGAUACACGUGGUGAUUUAAUAUGUUCAAUUUAUACAUUAGAUACAUUAUCACCUCGUUUAUCAUUUGGAAAUGAUAUUUUAUUUACUUCACCUGGUGUACAAAAUAUUAUGAAUUUUCCUUAUUCAUUAUUAAUGAAACGUGUUGAUUGUAAAGAUAACUCUCCAUGUAUAAUUCAUUGUUUAUUAAAUCAUAAUCAACAUCAAAUAGGACAAACAUUAUUUUUAAAUCGACCAAAAAAUUAUCAAUUAUUAAAUCCUAAUUUACAAAUUGAAAGUAUUAAACAAAUAUUAUCAACAGAUUCUAAUAUAACAAUUACUGUUGAUCGACCAGCUUUAUUUGUGUGGCUUGAUAUAACAACUAAUGUAACUGGUUAUUUUUCACGAAAUGGAUUUCAUGUUUCAACCAAGAAUGACUGUUAA